AUGUUGUCUCAACGAAUUUUGGCCCGGCGCCUGCCGCAGGUCGCCCUUCGUUCUGCCGCCCCCCGCGCUUCAUUCUCACAAGUCCGAGCUCUCAAGGCCGCAGAAGACAAUGAUCCUGGACUGAACGGUGGCUACGAGAACCCUCCCCGCGUCAAGCGUGCAUUCAGAGACCCGUACGGCGACUGGUGGGACAAGCAAGAAAGGCGAAACUUUGGCGAACCCGUCCAUGAGGAGAACGAAAUUCUGGGCGUUUUCAGUCCCGAGCAAUAUACCCAUGUGCCCGCCCGCAAGGGCCUGCUCCAGCUCGGUGCUUUCGUCGUAACUUUUCUCGGAUUCUGCGGUGUAGUCAGCUUUUUCUAUCCCGACAAGCCUAGUGCUCCCAGAACAUUCCCAGACGGCUUGGACAAGGAGCUGGGUGGCCCUAAUGCCCUUCUGACCCGCAAGACUGGCGAAGACUCCUGGUAA